AUGGUGCAAGAUUUUGUUGCUCAUGCUGAGAGGUUUGUGCUUCUGAUUUUGUUGAUAUAUGUCCACUGUGCUUGGAAGGUGGAACAGCUACAUAAGAUAUUUAAGCUUUGUGGUUCUCCUUCUGAUGAAUAUUGGAAAAAAUCAAAGCUACCUCAUGCUACCAUUUUUAAGCCCCGUCAAUCAUACAAGAGGUGCAUAGCAGAGACAUUUAAGAAUUUCCCAGCAUCAUCCCUGCCACUAAUUGAGACCCUUCUCGCAAUCGAUCCAGCUGAACGCCAAACUGCCACAGCUGCAUUGCAUAGUGAAUUCUUUACUACAAAACCUUAUGCUUGUGAACCCUCUAGCCUUCCAAAAUAUCCCCCCAGCAAGGAGAUGGAUACAAAACUACGAGAUGAAGAAGCUAGAAGAUUGAGAGCUGCUAACAAAGCUAAUGCCGGUGUCAAGAAAUCACGUCCACGUGAUCGAAGUGGAAGGGGAAUGCCAAUUCCAGAUUCCAAUACUGAAUUGCAAGCAAAUAUUGAUAGAUGGCGACUGGUAACACACGCAAAUGCUAAGAGCAAGAGUGAGAAAUUUCCUCCCCCUCAUGAAGAUGGAACUCUAGGCUAUCCUUUGGGUUCUUCACAUCACAUGGAUCCAAUUUUUUAUCCUCCUGAUGUUCCAUUUAGUUCCACAAACUUAUCCUAUCCUAAAUCAAAUAUCCAGACCUGGUCUGGUCCAUUGGUGGAAACUAGAGUGGAUGCACCAAGGAGAAAGAAGAACAUGGUGGGGAAUAGGCACACACAAUCAAAGAAGGACUCUUAUAGAUAG